UUAAAGUAAAUUCGGUACGUGGCGAUUUCAUUUUUGGCGCCCAAUCGAGUUGGCCAUGCGUUAGUCACGUGACAAAAUUUGACAAAUGUAACGUGAAUCGCGACUGGUCUCAUGUUCAUGGACGGUAAUCGUGCUGUUAGAUUGUUGUAAAUUAAAGUGAAAAGAACGUUAAGGUAGUCAUUCGAAAUGGAACCGAGGAAGCUGAUCGAACUGCUGAGGGCGACCAUCGACCCCAAUCAAAGGCAACAGGCGGAGGAACAGCUCGGACAAAUACAUAAAAUCAUCGGAUUUGCACCGUCGUUAUUACAAGUGGUUAUGAUGAAUGGGUGUGAUAUGCCCAUUAAACAAGCCGGGGCCAUUUACCUUAAAAAUCUAAUAUCACAAAGCUGGCAAGAUCGCGAAUCGGCAGAACCAGGAGAACCUUUACCUUUUUCUAUUCAUGAACAAGAUCGGAGUCUUAUUAGAGAAAGUAUAGUAGAUGCUGUAGUGCAUGCUCCAGAACUUAUUCGUCUACAAUUAUGUACUUGUGUUCAUGUUAUGGUUAAACAUGAUUUUCCGGGACGGUGGACCCAAAUCGUUGACAAAAUCAGCAUAUAUCUUUCAAAUCCGGAAGCAACAGGAUGGCACGGUGCAAUUCUUUGCCUUUAUCAAUUAGUAAAAUAUUUUGAAUACAAAAAAGUGGAAGAUCGCGGUCCCUUACACGAAGCAAUGAACCUCCUUUUACCCCAACUUUAUCAAUUGGUAGUUGGCCUUUUACCAGAUCCUUCAGAACAAGCAGUUCUUCUUCAAAAAGAAACUUUGAAAGUCUAUUUCGCCCUUACGCAAUACAUCCUUCCUCUUGACCUGAUCACUCGGGAUGCUUUCACGCAAUGGAUGGAAGUGUGCAGGCAAAUUGUCGAAAGACCCGUACCUCCAGUAGCACUUCAACCAGAUGAGGACGAUCGUCCUGAUUUACCAUGGUGGAAAUGUAAAAAAUGGGCUUUGCAUAUUUUGUAUAGGCUUUUUGAGCGAUAUGGUUCACCAGGAAAUGUUACUAAGGAAUAUACUGAAUUUGCUGAUUGGUAUUUGCAAACAUUUAGCAGCGGAAUUUUAGAAGUCUUAUUAAGAUUAUUAGACGCUUAUCGUGGUGGAUCUUGGUUACCACCAAGGGUACUUCAACAGUCGUUAAAUUACGUUAAUCAAGCGGUUUCACACGCACAUACAUGGCGCUUAUUAAAACCUCAUAUGGGUGCGAUUAUUCAAGACGUACUUUUCCCACUGUUAUGUUACUCUCAGGAAGAUGAAGAAUUGUGGUCAGUGGACCCUCACGAGUAUAUUAGAGUGAAAUUUGAUGUGUUUGAAGAUUUCGUAUCGCCUGUAACCGCCGCCCAAACACUUUUGCAUUCAGCGUGUAAAAAACGGAAAGAUAUGUUGCAGAAAACUAUGCAAUUUUUGACUGAGGUAUUGAAUUAUCCAAAUACAGAACCAUCUAAAAAAGAUGGUGCUCUUCAUAUGGUUGGAUCCUUGGCUGAUGUAUUGUUGAAAAAGAAAAUUUAUCGUGAUCAAUUGGAUCAUUUGUUCCUAAAGUACGUUUUUCCGGAAUUCCAAAGUGCGCGCGGUCAUUUGCGGGCACGCGCUUGUUGGGUGCUUCACUUCUUCAGCGAGUUUUCCUUCAAUCAAGAACAGGUUUUGGCUGAAGCAGUCCGUCUCACCGUUACCGCCUUACUUCAAGACAAAGAGUUACCAGUCCGCGUCGAAGCGGCAAUAUCUUUACAAUCAUUACUUAAUUAUCAAGAAAGAUCACAUAAAUACGUCGAACCUCAAGUAAAACAAAUCGCCUUGGAAUUGUUAACCAUUAUUAGAGAAACUGAAAAUGAAGAUGUUACAGGUGUUAUGCAAAAAUUAGUUUGUGUUUUCACAAUGCAAUUGGCGCCAAUUGCAGUAGAAAUCUGUCAACACUUGGCAGCCACUUUUAGCCAAGUUCUAGAUACGGAUGAAGGAUCUGAUGAAAAGGCGAUAACGGCUAUGGGAUUAUUAAACACAAUCGAAACUCUCUUAACAGUAAUGGAAGAACAACCGGAAGUUCUUCGAAUGUUAGAACCAACCGUUUUACAAGUAAUCGUCCACGUUUUGCAAAACGAAGUCCAGGAAUUUUACGAAGAAAUUUUAUCACUUAUUUACGACUGCACCAGCAAAUACAUUUCAGCCGAUAUGUGGCGCGUUUUAGAAUUGCUUUAUCAGGUUUUCAUGAAAAGCGGUGCUGAUCAUUUUACUGAUAUGAUGCCUUCUUUACACAAUUAUAUCACCGUUGAUACAGACGCUUUCCUAUCUGACGAACAACGUUUAUUAGCUAUUUAUAAUAUUUGCAAGGAAGUUCUUUCAAGAGAUUUAGGGGAAGAUCCUGAAGCACAUGCUGCUAAAUUAUUAGAAGUGGUGUUGUUGCAGUGUAGAGGUAGAAUAGAUGGAGCGGCACCUUUACUUAUUGAAUUAGCUGCAGGAAGGUUGUUAAGAAAAGUUAAAACAUCAGAAUUACGUACCAUGCUACUUCAGGUUCUUAUAGCAGCUCUUUACUACAACCCACCACUUCUAUUUGGUGUUUUAGAAAAAAUGCCUGAUUUUUCAAAUAAUUUUAUAAAACAAUGGAUACACGACGUCGAUUGUUUCCUAGGUGUACAUGAUCGAAAAUUAUGCGUCCUCGGUCUUUGCACUCUCAUAAGUUUGCCUCAGAAGCCACCGGUACUUGUUGAAGUAUCUGCGAAAGUAAUGCCCGCUGUCGUGAUGCUUUUCGAUGGUUUGAAAAGAGCGUAUGCGGCUCGAGCUCAAGAAAUCGACGAAGAAGAAGAAAGCGAAGCAGAAGACGACGAUAAUGAUAUUGAGGAAGUACUCAGUUCGGACGAAGACGAGAUCGACGAGCAGGGACAGGAAUAUCUGGAGAGUUUGUCACGUCGGGCGCUAAACGCUGGAGAUGCAGCAGGUAUGCCUGUGUCUGCUACAAUUCAAGACGUAGAUCUCGGUUCGGACGAUUCCGAUACUGACUAUGAGGGUGACGAAGAGAUGGCGUUGGAGACAUACACGACGCCUAUUGAUGAAGAAUCUUGCGAUGUGGAUGAGUAUGUUGUUUUUAAGGAGGUAAUGACUCGAUUGGAAAGCACAGAAGGUGACUGGUAUAAAGCGCUUACUGGAACACUUACUGACGAUCAAAGGAAAUCAUUGAUGGAAAUUAGUGUUUUGGCAGAUCAAAGAAAGGCAGCAAAAGAAAGUAAAAGAAUAGAAAAACAAGGAGGUUAUAAUUUCACUAAUCAACAAGUACCAACGUCCUUUAAUUUUGGAAAUGCUUCUCUGGGUUCCUGAGCCCCCAUUUCAUUAGCUACACAUAAACACUCAUAAAAAUAUAUGUUAAUUAAAAAUAUAUAUAUAAUAUAAAUAUUACUAUAUACAGCGACUGAAAUUAAUUGUUCAAGUGACGUGAUCUUCUACAUGGUUUAUUGUACAGUGGAAAACACUUGGUGUAGCCUAUUUGUGUACGAUUGCAAUAGUUGUUUUUUUUUCUCUUCAAAUUGUUUCUUUUAUUUGUAAGUGAUUAUAUUAUGUAAGUGCCUUUUUUAAUUCGACGAUUCUAAUACUUUUUAAAUCACCGCAGUAAGGUUGACAACGCAAAACAUGUUAAAAACGCUCCCCUUUCUUUGUCCUUUUUACAAGAAAACGAAUAAUAAAAUGAAUUGUUUAAAAUUGUUA